AUAGCCAGGGAAGGAAGUAUCGUUAAUGAAGAAAGAAGGUCAUGGUAGGGUCUGGGAGGAAGGUUUUGAGGAAAGCAAAUAGAUGGGAAGUUUAGAAGGCUUCAGAGUAAAGGGUUGUGAGUGCUGGGGGGAGUUUGUGGUGGGCGCUGGAAGGGUGAGAGAAGCUGGCGAAAAGGUGGGAGAUUGGGAGAGGAAGCUAUCAGAUUCAGCUGUGCCUUUUCUGAACCUUGUUUCUUACAUUUUAAUAGUUUCGAACUCCUGUUCUGGCUUCUGUUACAUCUGCUUUUCCAACUGAAAGCCCUCCAAUGGUCUACAAGGGGCCCUCUCAAAUAGCAAUCCUGGAUUCCCCCCUGGAUCGUGGCUCUCUGAUGGACACCUCAGAGCCUAGCAGUGCAACUGAGGAAGAUGAGGAGAAAACAACGGUAGAGAGCCGGCCGAGGACCCGCUCUAACCCCGAGGGAGCUGAAGACCGCACCCUGAGCACCCAAGCCAGCGUGGGGAGCCGCAGUGAAGGAGAAGGGGAGGCCGCUAGCACCAACGACAGCCCACAGAUUGCCACAGCUCCUGCUGCCGACAACACGGGCUGGCCAACCCCUGUGCCCCCCGCAGAGUUCCAAGUCAAGACGCCACGGGUGAACUGCCCUGAGAAAGUGAUUAUCUGCUUGGACCUGGCUGAAGAAAUGUCCUUCUCCAAACUUGACUCCUUUAACGGGUCCAAAACAAAUGCCUUGAACAUCUCCCAGAAGAUGAUAGAGAUGUUUGUUCGGACCAAGCACAAGAUUGACAAGAGCCACGAGUUUGCGCUGGUGGUGGUCAACAAUGACGUCACAUGGCUCUCAGGCUUCACCUGUGAUCCCAGAGAGGUCUGCAGUUGUUUAUACGAUUUGGAAACAGUGGUCUGCAAGACAUUCAAUCUGGAAGGCCUUUUCAACCUCAUACAGCAGAAGACAGAGCUUCCAGUGACGGAGAAUGUCCAGACUAUCCCGCCUCCGUAUGUGGUCCGGACCAUCUUGGUGUACAGCCGGCCAGCCUGCCAACCUCAGCUUGCCAUCACGGAUCAGAUGAAGAAAAUGCUACAGUGUCCUUACUUCUUCUUUGACGUCCUAUAUAUCCACAAUGGUGCAGAGGACAAGGAGGAAGAGACCAGCUGGAAGGAGAUGUGUGCCUUCUUCAGCAAUCUGGACACCAAAGGCACUAACUACAAGUACGAGGUGUCCCUGACGGGCCCAGCUGUGGAGCUACACAACUGCAUGGCCAAGUUGCUGGCCCACCCUCUCCAGCGGCCCUUCCAGACCCAUGCCUCCUACAGCAUGCUGGAGGAAGAGGAGACAUCUGAGAUCGAGGCCGUCGUCUGACACAGACUGAGGGACAGGAUGGGGUGUUUGUAGAUGGGAUUGCAAGAAAGCCUCUCUAUUUCAAAGUAGGCUUCUAGCAUGGAAAUGGGACUGGGUGGUUGUGAUCUUGACUGGAGCAGGGGCAUGAUUGCCCCCCACCAUCGGCUAAUUUAAGUUUUAUACUUCAACAGGGAAGCUGUAUAGAGAAUGCAGGGUGAGAAGGUUCUAGAAUGUUCUGGGGGCCAGAAGUGAGGGAGAAAGUUCCAGAAUUAGAACGACCGAUUGUUCUUGGCAAAGGAAAGGCUUUUGCGAGCCGAGCAACCAAUGGGUUUUCUGAUGCUUAACUCAUUUGUUAGUUCAUCCAAUGUAAAUAAAAAUGUCCUUCAACCCCCUUGAAGGAAGACAA